CACAUCCCAAGCUUGAUAAAGAGAGUUCUUAGGGGUUUACCGUUUACAUAACUUUAAGAUAAACUCUUAUAACUUUCUCACCAAUGGCUUAUCCUAAGAUUGCUCUUCUCCUCAUCUUUAAUGUCAUCUUCUUCACUUUAGUCAGCUCCACUUCAGUCCCUUGCCCACCACCACCGUCCAAGAACCACCACAAGAAGCCAUCACCGUCGUCUCCUUACCGUAAACCCACUUGUAAAAACGCUCUUAAACUGAACGUAUGUGCUAAUGUGUUGGAUUUGGUUAAAGUUUCUCUACCACCAACCUCCAAAUGUUGCAAACUUAUCAACGGUCUAGUUGAUCUUGAAGCCGCGGUCUGUCUUUGCACCGCCCUUAAGGCUAAUCUCCUCGGAAUCAACCUUAACGUUCCCGUUUCGUUAAGCCUUAUCCUAAACCAUUGUGGCAAGAAGGUUCCAUCUGGUUUCCAAUGUGCUUAGAGAUCCCCUUUUACUAUUUAUCAUUUAAUUCCUUAUAUUACUGUAUAAUCAGACUUCCUCGUUUUAAAUUUCUCGUUUGAA